CCAGACCCGUGCACGACGGCGAACAGGGUCGCAGCGAGCGACCAGAUGUCGGUGGCGUAUCCCAAGGGGCCGACACAGAGGUAGUCGUCGGGGGCGCCGUACGCGGGGGGAAUGCCUGUCGUUCUUUUCAAGGUGGCGGUUGCUGUGGUGACGGCUGUGGUGCCGGUGGACGGUGUGCCCCCCGGAAGUAGCAGACGCCAAAUCGACAAUCGCUAUCGUGAGGAGGAUGAAACGCUUGUGGUUGGGAUGUUGGGACAGGUUGAGGCGGACGGGGACGACGAGGUAUAUUGGGACGAUUGGUGGGAGGGUUUCGUCGAAGGUGUUGGCACCAUGGUCAUCGUGGCAUUGCAAGACUGGCUGUUGUGAAUGGGGCUGGGGUCAGUGUCGUCUUGGGCGUCGUCGUCGUCGUCGUCGUGAGGAACAUCAUGAUAGUAGCAUACGGGAAGGUAUAAGACAGA